GUAACGUUUAUUUCUUCUUCUUCUUCUUCAAUCUCUCAUUGACCCAGAAACCAAAACAACCCUAAUUUGCAGAAACAUAUCCAAAGUUUCAGUUUUUAUUAUAAAAAAUGGGGUUUUUGUAAUCCGAGAAAACAGUGAGGGAAAAAAAGAUGUCAACUUUGAAUUGACCUCUCUGUCUUAUUUUUUUUUUGGGAUUCGAUGAAGAAAUUGAGAAGCUAUUACUCAAAUGUGAGACAUCAUCAGAAUCAUCAUCAUCAUCAUCAUAAUCAUCACAAUGUUGUGUCUUCUUUCUCAGAAAGGAGAUGGAUUUUUUUCCCUCUUUUGAUUGGUUCAAUCUUCGCUUUGUUCUUACUCUUCCUCACAACCCUAACUUCACCAACCCGGUUCCUUCCUUUUACCCGACCCGUUUUGUUAUCCGGAUCUGGUUCAUCAGCUUUCGUUGAAUCUAAGAUCAAACCUCAACAAGUCUCAUCACUCCCUUCGUCUCCUCGUUUUGCUUACUUGGUUUCUGGAUCCGCCGGUGAUGGCAAAUCUCUCCGGCGAACUCUUUUGGCUCUUUACCAUCCGAAUAAUCGGUAUGUUGUUCAUUUAGACAGAGCGUCUUCGAAUGAGGAGAGAGAGGAGCUCCAUGGAUACAUCAAAAACUCGACUUUGUUUGCGAGGUUUAUGAAUGUUCAUAUGAUUGAGAAAGCUAAUCUUGUCACGUAUCGUGGACCAACCAUGGUUGCGAAUACACUUCACGCUGCUGCGAUUUUGCUUAGGGAAGGAGCUGAUUGGGAUUGGUUUAUUAAUCUUAGCUCAUCAGAUUAUCCUCUAGUGACUCAAGAUGAUUUGUUGCAUAUCUUUUCGCAUUUGCCGCGGGAUUUGAACUUCAUUGAUCAUACGAGUAACAUUGGAUGGAAAGCAUCACAAAGAGCUAAACCGGUGAUUAUAGAUCCUGGACUGUAUUUGAACAAGAAAUCUGAUGUUUUUUGGGUUACUCAAAGACGAAGUAUUCCAACAGCAUUCAAGCUCUUCACAGGCUCUGCUUGGAUGGCGUUAUCACGGCCAUUUAUCGACUACUGUAUUUGGGGUUGGGAUAAUCUACCUCGUACUGUCUUAAUGUAUUACUCGAAUUUUCUCUCUUCUCCAGAAGGAUAUUUUCACACUGUUCUCUGCAACGCUGAGGAAUUCAGAAACACAACAGUAAAUAGCGACCUGCACUACAUAUCGUGGGACAAUCCGCCUAAGCAACAUCCACACCAUCUCACGCUUGCAGACAUGACUAAAAUGGUAAAUAGCAAUGCCCCGUUUGCAAGAAAAUUCAGAAGAGAAGAUCCUGUCCUUGAUAAGAUUGAUGAUGAGCUGCUUAACAGAGGUACUGGGAUGGCUACACCUGGUGGUUGGUGCAUUGGAAGCCGUGAAAAUGGGAGUGACCCUUGUGAUGUUAUUGGUGACACUGGUGUUAUCAGGCCUGGUCCAGGCGCUAAACGGCUUGAGAAUCUGGUCACUUGGUUACUAUCCACUGAGAAUUUCCGACCGAAACAGUGCAAGUGAUAUGAACAGCUAGAGAAUGCCAUCAUAGAGAUUGAAUGUAGCAGCCUUGAUUAUUGGGAUUAGAUGUGAUUUAGGAUCUGAUAGAAUCCCUCAGUUAGUCAAGAAUAUAAGUGAACAUACAGAACAAUUUGGCUAUGGCUGUGGCUGUGGCUGUGGCUGUGGGAAGUAUUUGUCUUGUUGCUCCACACAACAUGCCUUCAAGGUAGUGUUGUAGUUCUCACAUUUUCACAAAAUUAUCAGAUUGGAAUUUUGAGAUUUUUAAGUGUUCCCUAUGUGAAAAUUUUGUACUCUGCAUAAUUGUUUUAAAAUGUAGUUUCUUUCUUUUACAAUUUCUAAGUUCACUAAGUUCUCUAAA